GGUUUGUUUCGGUAUUACCGAACUGAAUAUUUUGAGACAACAAAGAAUCUCUUAUAAACGGUGCUACAUUCUCAAAAAAUAUCAGUUGUCUUCCAUCGAUCACCAGGAAAGAUGAUUGUCAAAAUGUUUUUGUUAGUGUUAUUAAGUGUUAACUUUAUAUACCACGUCAAUGGUGCCUCUUACUCCAAUGUCUAUGUACAAAGUGAUUUAGUCCCUAGAGGAUUUUACCAGUAUGGCACGCCACAUGCGUCAUUAGCAGCUCCUAGACUAUCUCAAAUUAAUACACUGCCGUCUAUAUCUGGAUAUGUACCCUGUGGAACCCCUUGUGUUUAUCCAGCCCAAACAGUAGCUACAGUAGCGUCAGUAAAUCCCCAACCAAAUAUAUUGACUUACGGAGCACCAGCACCGAGUGUUCCCGUUGUUGUUACACCAACAAAAGACGAGGCUGCAGCUUAUGAAUAUGGUUAUGUCGUUUAUGAUGACAACACGGGAGACCAUAAAGCACAACGCGAACUAAGCGAUGGCUCUGUCGUACGGGGAGAAUAUUCAUUUAUUCAACCUGAUGGAUAUGUUCGGGAGGUACAAUACCAAGCUGAUGACAUUUCUGGGUUUAAUGCAGUAGUUAAAAAUUUCUUGCCUGCUGUCGCUGAAGGUAAAAAUAAAGUUGACAAAAAGGAAUCUUCCCCACCUUGCCCUGAAAUCAAACACGAAUCAUUAGUAGAGUCGAAUGCUCACAAAGAACAUGGUCAUAAAACUCCUGAAUCGAGUGAACAUGGCCAUAGUAAAUCCGAAGAGUCUGUUGAAAAUGAACAUUCAAAAGAGGCACCGCAUCACUUGCACCACAUUAAAGAAUCUAAAGAAGAGUCUGGAGAGAAAUCACACGAGACUGUGCAUUUCAAGCAUGAACACAUUCAGCACCCAAUUAAAGCUGCUUCCAAGGAAGAUUCUAGUGACGAAUCUGAUGAACAAUCGAAAGAAGCUAUUGUUGUAAAACAUAAUGAAUCCGUAGAAAAACAUCACAAAGCUCCCAAAUCAUCUGAAGAAGAAUCGGGAGACACAUCUGAAUCAAAAGAAUUGAAGGAAGAAUUAAAAGAAAUAUUUAAGAAACAACCCGUAAAAAAGGUAAUCCAUUCAUUCGAUAAACAUGUGAAGGAAUCUAAGGAAGUAUCUGUUGACGUCUCCAAAGAAGAAUCUCAUGAAGGUCGCAAACAUAAAGAAGUUCAUGAUUUAUCUCAACCAGAUCAUUUAGCGCCGUAUAGUGACAUAAUCCGUUGUAUUGAAUCAGUGAUGAGGAGAAAUAAUGUAGUUCCAGGUACCGCGUACGAUGGACAUCCUUCUCCACUAACUUACAUAGUACUGAACAAGCCUUGUUAGAUUGCUAAUGUAAAUGUACACUGUCUAGUCGAUAAGCAUCGAUUUGGUUAUAAUCUCAUCUUUUUUUAUUAAUUGUUAUGUAUCCGUUUAUUAUGAUACUUUAAAUAUAAUUUGCAAGAAGUUAAA